AUGAAGUACAGGCAUUGCGAAGGUAAAUUGGUGCUUAAAGUCACCGAUGAUAGAGAGUGUAUCAAAUUCAAGACCGACCAAGCUCAGGAUGCGAAGAAGAUGGAGAAGUUUAAUAACAUCUUCUUUACUUUGAUGGCUCGUGGACCUGAAGUCGAUGUAUCUGAAGUUGGUGGGAAAGAACAAUUAGAAGCACAGCCCACCAAGAAAGGAAGGGGGAGGAAGCAAUAG